AUGGCGCCCAUUCAUUUCGGUUGUCUCGUCUUCGAGUAUCAGCCCAUCGACGUGCUGGGGAUAACCGAUCUCGUCAGUUCUGCGGACAAGAAAUACCUGCAACAAAUAAGCGCCCUCAGCCAUAUCAGCGAGGAGACCGUUGCUCGCGCGCCGGAAAUCGUGGUGCACCACAUCGGAGCCACCCUGGACCCCGUCCGCCUGGCCACGAGCUCUCUCACCAUCGUGCCCACCACGACGGCGGACGAGUGCCCCGAGCUGGACUACCUGCUGCUCGGGGGGCCCGACCCGUCCACCUUGAAUCUGCACCCCAAGCUGGCCGACUUUAUCCGGAACCAUGUUGCAGCGGGCAAGACGCUCUUUACCAACUGCACCGGCGCUGCGGUUGCGGCAAUGACCGGUGUCCUCGACGGGAGAAAGGCAACCAUCAACAACCUGGGAUACGAGCCGAUGAAGAUGAUGUACCCCAAGGUUGAGUGGACGAUUGAGAAGAAGUGGGUUGUGGAUGGCAACAUCUGGACUGCGGGCGGCGCCGUCUCUGGGAUGGAUAUGCUUGCGCAUUGGCUGAAGGAGAACUUUGGACUUGAUGUUCUCAUCUGCGCUGCUGCGAUGUUGGACUUUGAGCCUCGCGACAUCGAUGGAGUUCAGAACGUCAUUCCAAAGAGAUAUGAUGAGAGUGGAAAGCAAGUCUUCACUCACGCAUUUCCUUGA